CAAGGUCAUAACAUGUGUGAUUAACUUAAUUAAAGCUGCUUUUUUUAUUUGGAUUUACUCAUGGAUUCAAUAUACUCUUCUGCGAAAGCGAUUGUUAGUCGAGCACAACCAAGCUUAGAUGGUGGAAUUAUAACAUUUGCUCUUAAUAAUAUUGUGAAAAUAUCAUCAUCUGAUCUAAACGAAAAUUCAUCACAUUCAGAAGUUACAAUAAUUGAUCAUGUUUUAUCAACUUAUUCACGAACAGGUUAUGCAUUAGGAAUUGUAUGUGCUCUGUUAUGGACUAUAUUUUUAAUUAUUGCUGCAUGUUCGACAUGUCGUCAGCGUAAACGUAUGAAAAAACGUUCAGAAACAUUAUUAUAUCUUGCACCUACAGAAAAUCAUACAUUGAAUACAUCCAGAGAAACUGUUGAGAUUACUUUACACACACGACACUCACCAAAGUCAACAUUUUACCGAACUCGUGAACGCUUACAAUCAAACUGGAUAUGUCUUGCUAUACAAUUCUCACUGUUAACCAUUUUAACAGUUUUGUUGGGUACGGCAGUUUUACUUGGAUUCGCUGCAUGUGGUCAGCUUCAUACAAAUUUGGUAUCGGCACCAACUCAUGAAGAAUCAGUGGGACGGUUAUUAACUGUUGGUGAGCUAAUACAAACCAAUUCUGAGAAAACACAUGUAUUCCCGCGUAUUCUACGGGCUUUAGCACAAAUUAGAGCUUAUAUGAGUGAAUUUGUCCCGCAGACUAAAAUUGAUAUUGAACCUGUUGUCAAAAGCCUGAUUGAAGCAACUGAAGCGAUGCAAGAUCGUAUGACUAAUGAGUUUAACUCAGUUCUUUUCAAUGAUAUUGGAGUUACUGAAGCCUUUCAGCUUGGAGACAUUCUAGGAGAACAUGUAGUCACAUUGAUGACAAAAUAUAUUGCUAUUGUGCAAUCGAAUACUGCUUUUAAAAAUACAUUUGAUCGACUUAAAGUUGAAUUCCAAACCUGGUUACGUUUAGUCAAUACAGAUAGUCUCAAUAAUGAUUAUAAUAGUUGUGUUGGUCAGUGCAGUGAAUUACGUUCAACAUUUUUUAACAAUGUAUCUAUUCGACCAGAUUCAUUUAUGCCUGAAAUAAAUUUUGCCAUAGCUUUAAAAUUUCUGACUACUGAUCGAAAUCAAACUGCUGAAAGUGUACAAGCUCAGUUGAACCAUGGUAAACAGUUAUCAAAUAGUCAACUCGAAAAAACAAAAGCUUUAAUGGCUAAACAGAUUAACAUUCCUGAAUCGAUACGUAACAUGACGAAUAAACAAUGGGAUCAACUAGGACCUCAGUUGACUAAAGCUAUUGAAGAAAUUGACAAAAUCUCUAUAUUAAUAACUAGAUCAAUUUCACCGAAAGUUUCUUCUACAUCUAGUCUUUUUUUGACAUUGAAUCUCUUCUUCUGGUUCUCUGUUUUGUUGAUCACCAUUGGUCUAAUGUGGUUAAUUAUUCGAUAUCAUUUUGUACCAACGGAAAUUAGUCUACACACUCGCAAUCGAGUCCGUCUAGGUGCUAGUAUUGGGUUUUGCAUUCUUUCACUCAGUAUCAUUUUGGCUUGCUUAUUCUAUCUAGUUGGUGGUUACCUUUAUACUGAAGGUUGUCGUUACGUAAAUCCUGAACAGAAUGUAGUCAAUAUUACUGAUUACGACCCUGUGAAUCAUAAUUAUAUUCAACGGACAAUGUUUCCUGUCGAUGCACAUAUCAAUGCUUUUAUCAAUCGUAAUUGGCCAGCUAUUGUUUCAAUGGCUAGUCAGUUUACAUCUAUGCCUAUCCCUCAUAUCCGAAGUCCAAUCUAUGGAGUUUUACGUAACUGCCGCGAAAAUCAAGGCAUUUUAGAGGCAAUGGAUAGUAUCAGAGACUUUGAUGUGACAGCAUUAAAUGAUCCUGAGAUGUCCGAGAGAUUUGUCGACCUUGGCAAGUACAUCAUGAUCGAUUCUUUAAAAUCAAUCAGUGUCGAUGAAAUGUUCCCUAAGGAAACCGACGAAAAUUUGGCUAUGGCAUCUCGUCUGGAUGAUUUUAUUGUAAAUUAUGAAGAGGUUCGUUCAAAACUACCGAAAACAUAUCUGAGUAUUCAAUCUCGAGCAGAUGAACCUGGGGACUAUACAUUAUGGCCAGUAGAAAAUAUGUGGCAUCUGUGGGAAUUAUAUUAUGUGAAUAUUUUAAGUAACCGUUUAUCUGUAGAACAAAUGAAUCGAUUAAAUGCUGCUACUGAGAAAGUCCAACAAACAUUCGUACAGUUAGAUAAGAUUAUUUCUGAUAUUGAUGGGAAUCUUAUUGUUUUAUCUAAAUUAAAAAAAAUUGCUCCUCAUGUUUCUAAAUUACAAAAAUCGCUUAUCGAACUAAAAAGUAUGAUGAAUAAUAAGACAGCUUUAAUUAAUCGAGCUGUAAAAUUGUUUGAUGAGCAUAUUAAAACAAAAACACCAGUAGAGGCGGGCAAAUUAAUUAUUGAAUUUGGACCUAAAAUCAUGUCAAAAGUUGGUCAAUGUCGUCGUCUACACGCUGCUGCAGUAGAUAUGAAUGGAGCUGUAUGUGAUGGAGUUGUAAGUGUAUUGAAUGGUUUCUGGUUUCUACUUGGUUGGGUUACAUUGACUGGAACAUUGAUAAUCACAUUUAGUUUAUUACUUUUAAUGCACAAAGCUCCAAUAGUUCAAUCGACUGGGAAAUCUUAUCAUGGAAAAAUCACUCGUAGAGAUGUAAAAUCGAAUGUUCCUUCUUCUAUGGGAAUCGAAAACUCUGCUAAUCCCAGUGAAUUGGAAGCAUUAAAUAGUCGAUAGAACAAACAAUCCAUUUUUCAAAAUAACCCACUGAUAAUGUGUAUACACGAAAUCGUACAUUAAUUUAGUGUCGAUAUUUUUUUACAAUUAUCUUAAUUUCUGUCGUCUAAUGUACCAUACUUUCUUGUAUGUUGGGUGUUUUACAUGCUUUUUUCUUUUGUUCUAUAGUGUAAUUUUUAAACAGUCUUUACAUGAUUAGCACUAUUAUUAUUGAUCAAGAGACGUUUUCAUAUAACCAAAUACAUUUUAGGAAUUUUGUCCAUAGAAAAUUGAAACAAUAAUUCCUUUCAUAGUUUCGUUAUGUUAAUCUUGUCUCUUGUUCAUGUACACACGUUGAGAAGGUGAAUUUUCUUUUUUUCUUUUUUUGAUCAUUAUUAUUGUUUGUUUGUUUUUUUCGAAAUAAAAAAUAAUUUAUCAUUCUUUCUGCGUGUGUGUGUGUGUGUGUACAUGUUAACCAAAAAAGAAAAAAAAAGUUGAAAAGAAUUCCAUUGUUCAGUGUUGUUUUUAAUCCAUACUCGGUUGCAAUUUAUCAUUUGAUUAGAUUGAUUUUAUUGUAAAACUUUGACUGAUUCAUUAACAACUUAUGAAAUUUUUAGUAAUUUCUAAUGAUACCUUAGCCUAUUGAAAAUAUGUCCAUUCUACAAUAUAUAAAUUGAUGAUUAAAAGUUGUUUACUUGAACCUGAUCGAGGUUACCUACAGUGUUUCUACAUUUAAUAAAUGUGUUGUACGCAUUACCUAAAUCCAUUAAUCUUUCCAUUCUCCAGUGAGUAUGGUGUAGAUGAAUAUGAGUUUUUUUUUUAUUAAAAAUCACAUUUCAUUGAAUCCAUGUUUACUAUCAGGCAUAUUGGUCUAUAAUUUAUUGGACUUGUGGAGUAAACAAAUAGAACAAGUUACUUCUA